AUGUCGAAAUACUCGGCCGAGUCGGGGUCCCGUGCUGCUGCCGCUUACAUCCCAACUCGUGUCCUCAUCGGUCACUGGCUGCACUCGAGCGAGCCCGAGCCUAACCAACACGCCGUCUACGGCAUCCUCAGCCGUGAUGGCAAGCUACGCUUCAAGCUCGUGCCCGAGACCCGCGACGGUCGCGCCGUCCAGGGCAACUACCCGCCCUCGCGCGAGACUUGGGUCAUCCAUGAGGACAUUGUCUUCGAGUCCUACCUCUCCAACCUCAACCGCCUUGGCAUGAAGGAGUACUGCCGCGAGCGGGGCCGUCAAGUCGAGGCGGGCGAGAAGCCCGGCGGGCCAGAGAACGCCGCCAACAUCCUCAAGGCCGUCGACAAGGCCGAGCACGCCUGCGCCUCUGCUAAGCACGAGCGUCCCCGCAACCUGCGUUGGGAGCGCGAAAAGUGCGCCGACCGUCGCCGCGCCGUCCGCAUGGAGGGUUGGGCCUCGCGCCGCACCAGCAACGCCGACGACGCCGCCACUCCCACUACCACCGCCACCACCACCACUGACGCCGUCACCGCCGACACCUCUCUAGAAGACGCCGUCCUGGGCGCCACACCAGCCCAGGCCGGCGCCGGCGUCAGGAAGAAGCGCAAGAAGUACGGUGAGCGCCGCACCAUCUACCACCACGACCACGUCUCCGAGGCCGCGGUGGCGGCGGCUGCUGCAGCCGCGGCGGCCGCGGACCCAGACCGGUCGGCCUUUGCGGAUAGCAGCCGAGACUCCGUGGAGAUGAGCACCACGUCGUCGGUGACGGACAGCUCGGCCGAUGACACAAAACCCAAGGUCUACAACGGCUUCGUCUAUCAGCGCAGUCCGACCGGGCCCUUUGCGGGCAAGCUCACUGCAAAGGGCCAGGUGGUCUCCAUCAACGGCGAGGACUACGUCGAGUACCGCGUCCUCGCCAAAGUAUAA